AUGACUAGGUUGUGGGUAAGAGUCUAUGGACUUCCAUUGGCUUACUUAACCAUUGGAUGGGCUCGUCAAAUCUUUCGAAAUUUGGGAUAUAUAGAGGAGCUUGAUCAUGACGGAGAGAACCUACCUCUCCAAGCAGAAUUAAGGGCUAGAAUGCUCGUUGAUAUUCCACUCCCCCUCAUACCGGGCUGCUUCAUUCCCCUUGAAGGUGACCGAGUUAUAUGGGUUUACCUAAGGUAUGAAGGGGUCUUCAAAUUUUGCAAGCUAUGUGGGUGUGCUGGCCACUCUACGGCUAGAUGCUUGCUGCAUCCUGCGACAGCUAGAAGGAGGGUCAGAAGCAGACUUGAUGAAGUUGAGGCAGACGGUAUAAGGGUCUUGAGAUUCCGCAAUACUAGCGCGGAUCUAAGGCGGCUAGAGGAACCGGAAGAUAAUACAAUCUAUCAAAGAGUUCCGAGUGAAAAUAUGGAAUUUGAUGAUGAUACAUUUCACGAGAAUCCACCUUACUCCCCGGACAGUGACAAGAGUGAACACUUUCACAUCGGGGAGGAGGACUUUUCUGAGGAUUUGGAAUUAGCAGAAAUGGAGAGUGCACCGGUUCAAAUGGAUCUCACACUCUCACCUGGGAGAAGACUUGGGCUGGGGAACGAUCCAUAUGCAGAAUUUACUUCAAAUAGGGUGUCAAACCUUAAUCACAGUCGGCCACAAUCUCAAAUGGGAGGGGCUUCUCUUCCACCCCCUACCCGUCCUAACUUCAAGGGAUCCACUUAUGAGGUGGGGGAAUCCUCUGCUGCUCAACAGAGGCCCAUGCUCGAAGGAUCCACCUUUGAAAUAGGCGAGGCUUGA